AUGCACCACUUCUUGAUCCGCCCAUUUCUGCGUAGUACUUUCCCUCGUCCCUAAAUUCUCUUUCGAAAGCAAUAUCCUGACUGAAAAUCAUUCAGAACCCAAGAGGGCAACUUACUUGACACAAAAACCUCGAGUAAACACGUCGACAGUCACCAACUCAAUGAUUAAUUAAGUUAAAACACGGAGCAAAUUUGAGGUCUGCAGUAUUUUUGUUUUGCAAUCUGGAAGUAGCCAAUGAGGCGUGAGCGCAUGCGUCACGACCCCAUCGUUCUGCCAGCUGCAGGAUUUGUUUACAGGACACACGUGUGAGAAGCGUAAAUCGAUAUUGCAGAUUUUUCAUAAAAUUACACCGCAACGUCCGCAACCUUACUUUCUCAACCCUUGAAAGCUUUCAAAAUGGGCAAAACUAAGAAAACAAGGAAAAUUGUGGAAAAGCGAUUCGCUAAAAUGAAGAAGAUGUUGAGUCCGAGCGAUUCCAGAAUCAAAGCAGAUAAGAGAGCUCCGCCAAAAAGGAAGAAGCCAGAGGAUCCUCAUGAACUCAAAGUUAAACAAGUAACCCAGACUUCGUCAGCUCUAUUCUUCCAAUACAAUACACAGCUUGGACCACCAUAUCACAUCAUUGUUGACACAAACUUUGUCAACUUCUCUAUUAAAAACAAGCUAGAUGUAAUUCAGAGUAUGAUGGACUGUCUCUAUGCUAAAUGUAUUCCUUAUGUUACCGAUUGUGUCAUUGCCGAGUUAGAAAAGCUGGGUCAGAAAUUCAGAAUUGCCCUUAGUAUUCUCAAAGAUCCGCGUUUUGAGAGAAUGGCCUGCACCCACAAGGGCACCUAUGCUGAUGACUGUAUUGUUCAGAGGGUGAUGCAGCAUAAAUGUUACAUCGUGGCCACUUGUGACAAGGACUUGAAGAACAGAAUCAGAAAAAUUCCCGGUGUGCCUAUCAUGUACAUUUCACAGAGAAGGUACACGAUUGAAAGAAUGCCAGAUGCUUACGGAGCCCCAAGAACAUAAAUUUCAUUCCUCGAUCUGCAAUUUUAAUAUAGAAAACAACUGUGUCUUGAUUUCAUACAAUCGCAAGCCAGGGAUUUAAUAAAGACAAAUUGUUUAACUUCUGCCAGA